CUCCGUUGUGGAAGAAGUCUAUGAGUGGAAAUGUACACAUGGGGGAGAGUUCAAAGUUCCUGACUUGGACCAAGGCCAAGGCUACCACCUUUCAUGACUUCACCCAUGAAAGGCUUCACAUUUAUAGCUUGAGAAAUCGAGCUCACCCUGAUACAAUAGGCUCUAAUUUAUUCAUUCCAAGGCCUUGUUACAUGAACAACAAACUAUAGAAGGAGAGCCAGAGAUAGAGAUACAGAUAGAGUGAUGGAGGAGAAGAUGGACAAGAAGUGUGCUGGGGUUGAGCAAGAAGUAGUACUAGAAGAGGAGGAUGUGCCGCUUCCCGGAUUCCGGUUCCACCCCACCGAUGAAGAGCUCGUCGGGUUUUAUCUCCGUCGGAAGGUGGAGAAGAAGCCUCUCACUAUAGAAAUAAUCAAGCAGAUAGAUAUCUACAAGUAUGAUCCAUGGGACCUUCCAAAAAGCACUGUCGGAGGGGAGAAGGAAUGGUACUUCUUCUGUCUGAGGGGAAGGAAGUACAGGAACAGCAUAAGGCCCAACAGGGUGACUGGGUCUGGGUUUUGGAAGGCGACCGGGAUCGACAGGCCGGUAUACUCUGCCGGCGAUGCUGGUGACUGCAUCGGCCUAAAGAAGUCUUUGGUUUACUAUAGAGGAAGUGCAGGAAAAGGCACCAAAACUGAUUGGAUGAUGCAUGAGUUCCGCCUCCCAGCUAGUGCCAAGAACAAUGACAUCUCUCCAAGCAUCCAAGAAGCUGAAAUUUGGACAAUAUGUCGAAUCUUCAAGAGGAAUAUUUCCUCCAGGAAAUAUCCACAGGAUUUGAAAUCAUCAACCAGCAAGCAAAUGCCAACUGAUUCAAGUUCCAAAACAAGCAGCUUUGAGUCUGAUACCGGAGACGAAUACAAGUGCUUCGGUUCCUCAAACAUUCCACAGGGUGAAAUGAAGUCAAUUACUAGUUAUUAUGAAGAAAAGAACCAGUCACUUGCAAGCCAAUGGAACUCAGUACCUCAGGCUCCCUUGACAACAUUGUAUCCAAACAUUCCGAAUACGAGCACGAAUGAGUUCUUCAGAGAUAACAACUGGGAUGAGCUUGGAAGGAUAAUGGAGUUCAUGGUGGAUCCAAGCGCCGGUCAUGAAUGUAGAUACGCUUAAACAGCUACAAUGUUUUGUUCUUUCUAAUCCCAUAUGUAAUACUUAAAAUAACACUACAGAGUAAUUAUUGGGUACCUAAGCUUGACUGAGCUAGGUACUCAUAUUGGACUAUGCUGACAGUUCUACAUCAGGUUCUAAAAUAAGUAUAUGUAUACGAAAUUCUACUUGUAUGAAUACAUAGUUUUAAGGUGUCGCCAUGGGCCUAAUCAGUUUAAUAGAUGGGAAAGAUAUUGGAUUAUUGUUAAUUAA